AUGUGGAGAGAAUUGGAUGUCGGUGUCAUUGGUGGCGGAAUAGGUGGUCUUGCUGCCGCCACAAGUUUACGACAAGCCGGCCACCGAGUCACAAUAUAUGAACGAGCGGAUUUCGCUGGAGAAGUUGGUGCUUCUAUAUCAUGCGCGGCAAACGGUACGAAGUGGCUUGAAGAAUGGGGUGUUAAUAUUCCAAUCGGGCGACCUGUGGUAUUAGAAAAACUGAUAUCGCAUGAUUGGAAAACGGGAGAGGUACAAAAUGUAUACGAUUUGGCCGAUUACAAAACUAGAUGGGGAUACGUUUAUAACAUGUUCCACCGAGUCAACAUGCAUGAGAUGUUGAUGGACUCAGCUACAGGAUCGAGCCAUACGGGUAUACCAGCAAUCUUAAAGUGUAAUCACAAAUGCGCAGAAAUUGAUCAUGAACAGGGCGUUGCGACAUUUGAGAAUGGUGCGCAAGCCAAACAUGAUCUAAUUAUUGGAGCGGAUGGAAUUGGAUCACAAGUACGAAAGACUUUGGGAAUUGUGCCAGAUCGGCAAUUAUCUACAUCUACAUGCUUGCACUGCAUUAUCGAGACAAAAGAUGCGAGAAGAUUAGGACUCAAAGAUCUAUCACCAAAUAGUGCUAUUGAGUUUUGGGGGGGGCAAGGCAUUCACAAGAUUGUGUUCUCACCGUGCCGAGACGGAGAGGUUCACUCAUUCUACUGUUUCUUUCCGACAAAUGAAAGUCCCCAUGCUGGUGAAGGCUGGAAUAUUAACCUUACCGUUGAGGAUAUCCUUAGACCAUUUCCGGACCUCGACCCCGAGCUUCUUGCAUUAUUCAAGAAUUCAACCGACGUGAAACCAUGGAGACUAUUUGUUCAUCAACCAUAUCCGCAUUGGCAAAAGAGGUCUACUUGUAUCCUUGGCGAUGCAGCGCACCCUAUGCUUCCUGACCAAAGUCAAGGCGCAUGUCAGGCUUUGGAAGACGCCGCUGCGCUGGGUAUAAUUUUCGGGCAGAAAUAUGAAUUCGCAAAUUCAAAAGCAAGCAUCAACGAUGGUCUAAAGAUAUAUGAGCAAAUUCGUAAACCUAGAGCUUCUCGGGUACAAGCGGCUAGUGCUCGUGCCAGGGUGAACAUCAACGAACGCAUUGGAUUCUCAUCGAAUACUACCAACCCAAACUACAAAGUAUUAGAUGAGAAGAAAAAACUGACGAUCGAGGAGAUGAAUGAAUACGAUAUGUAUUCGGAUGUUGAGAGGGCAGUUCUGGGUGUACAGCUGGAGGUGGGAAUGAGGGCCAGCUUGUAA